AUGACUCUUGCAGAGGUAUACGUUCGCCAAUUGGCCUCAAGAAAGCAAAUUAAAAGCGAGAUGACUCACCUCUUUUCAAGACGGCUUUUCAACGCUGAUAGCUUCGUCCACGUGGACCUCAUGAACAAAGACCCCAAAGACAUGCUCCCAAGCCUCAUACCACUCACAGACGCAAUGACUUUGAAAGUUGCCUUGAAAGAUAGUCUAAGAGGCGAUUCGAUCGACUUUGAUGAAUUCAGAGAUGAUAAAGACCUAAGAGCUCUCGAACAGUCUAGUGGGAUAGAGAUCACUCCCUUUGAUUUCGAGGACUACAGAUCGACAUUUCUUACUGAACUUCUGAGCGAAUGGACGCCAUCUCUCUACAAAGGGACCUCGCCGCUUUGGAACUAUGCAUCUCAUGCGACGUGCUUCCUCAUCACCAUGAAGACCAAGCUUCUUCUCAACUUGCUAUACAAACCCCAUCUUCAUUGCGUUGAGAAGCUAGAUGCCGCCAUGGCCAAGGCACAGGAGGAGAAAAGAUCCCUUCUUACUGUGAUGAACCACAUGUCUGUUGUGGAUGACCCUUCAUUUUACGCUGUGUUGCCACUUAGAUUCCACACAGACGUCGACAUCAUCCGCUGGGGGUUCGGUGCCCAUAACAUAUGUUUCUCCAACACCACCUUUUCGUGGUUUUUCAACCUCGGAAAGAUCCUUGGAACGAAAAGGUUUGGCGAAGGUCCAUUCCAGGGCUCGUUGGACGCGGCAAUUCGGGUUCUUUCACCAGAUGAUACCUUGGACUUGGAGUUCAGCCCGUGGGCAAGAGAACAGGACAAGCCAAACUUGAUUCAGGAGUUUUCAAAGCUCAACGUGUCCGAAAAGACAAAAGAUUUGGUGAAGUCUGUGAAGCCCUCCCCUGCAUCGACGAACAUCCUCAUGUCCAAAUCUCCUUUCAUCAGAACGAAAACCUCAUGGUUUCAUGUCUUCCCCGAGGGUUUCGUUCUUCAACUACAAGAACCACACAAUAACUCCAUGCGCUAUUUCAAGUGGGGUGUAUCAAGGUUGAUUCUCGAGAGUACCCGUACUCCUGUCGUGGUGCCCAUCUUCGCUCAUGGAUUUGAGAAAGUUGCACCAGAAGACUCCGCAGGCGAGGGUAUAAAGCGCUACCUUCCGAGCAAUUUGGGAGCUGAGAUUCAUGUUACUAUUGGCGACAUGAUUCCAGAUGAUCGUCUCGAAUUCUACAGACAAAAAUGGAGAGACUUAUGCGAGAAGUAUAUCGACCCAAAAAACCCAACAGACCUUAGUGAAGAACUCAAAACAGGCAAGAGAGCGCAAAAGCUUCGAUCUGAACUUGCUGCUGAACUCAGACAGAAAGUUUUAGACAUUAGAGAGGGACUUGGCGUAUUCAAGCCCGAGGACCCACGCUUCAAAGACCCUGCUUACUGGACAGAGUAUACCAAAACUGAGGGCUUGAGCGAUCCCGAAGUCAAGUUUAUUGGCAAGAACUGGGCAAUCAAAAGAUUGCAACUGCACUUGCCAGACGCAUGGUUUGGUGAUGCCAAACGCUCCAAGAGAGGAGAUGGUUCCCAUGAUCAAAUGAUAAUAGAAGAAGGAAAGGCUGACUACGACAUACAAGGUACAUAUAUAAGUGACCUCAAGCACUACCUCAAAACAACUGAGAUUCCCACAAACCUCAGAGCUCGCAUCUUGACCACAAAGCUUACAGAACUAAUUCACGAGGUCCCCGACUUUGCAUCGAAGACGGCUAAUCUACAGACGAUAGAUAACGUCUUCAAACACCUAUACAAAUUUCAUGAUAAUCGCAUUGAGAAAGUUCUUCCAUUCGAUGAUCUACUCACACUUUACAGAAAUACCUCGUCUGCUCUUCUAGCAAAAGAGGAUUUCAAGCUUCCGCACUACAUGAUGAUCCUAGCUCAGCAGCUACUACGUCUAGACAGUAAGGUUCCAACGGAUAUAUAUGCCAUUACAGUUGAUCUAGGGGCUUCAGUAAAGUUCAAUGGGGUCGAGAAUGCUCUUUCCGUUGUUGUACAUAAUUCAGCGCUGAUACCGAAGGACUUCACCGCCGCAGUUCUCAGUCGUUUCAAGAAUAAGAACCAAUUGGCACUUCUGACAUUCGAAGCGUUCCUUUCAUUCGAACCGGAUGCUCGGAAGAAAAUUGUCAAUGACGAUUUCUGUGACGAGUAUUGCUCAUUCAUCGAGCUGUUAUUCGAGGAUCUGGACCCAAAUGUUCACGAAUACGAGAAUCUUGACAAAAACAUCUAUCGUAUUCAGGAGCUCACCUGUGAGAUCUUCGGAUCCCUAUCUUCGUUGUCAAUCGAGUCCAUAUUAAAACUACUCAAGUUAUUAAGCGAUCUCAAUUCAGUGGUCGAAUACAAGGAUAAAGAAGAGGCAAUCAGAACGCUUUUGAAAUCCAUAAACGAACGGUCAAUCGAGGAGGUCAAGCUGGCGCUCAUGAAGCAGGACAUUUUUGAUGAAGCCCAAUGCCGAUUGCUUUUGUUAGAGCUCAGCAAGGUUGGCACGUUCCCAAGUUUCCAUCAAACGCUAGCGGAUAUAAUCAUUAAGGAUGAUAUCAAAUACUCAGCCAGCUUGAGACUACAGGCCAAGCUUUUAUCACAUUUGCAAAGCAACAGCGAGAUAAGUGCAGAUGAGCUUUUUGAGUACAUUCGGAAUUCUAUUACUUCAUUUCCAAUUGAAGAAUUUGACAAUGCUCAGGAUAGUGUGGUAGAGGCAAUUAUGGCUUCUGGAAUCGUGAGCCCUGACAGCGAAGUGUUCAAGCUACUACAAGAUUGGUUCCGUUCGGAAUAUGAUGACGUUCCAAGUAUAAGAGUAUUCCAAUACAGAAUGGAAACUGCAAUCAGCUUAUCUGAUAGCUCGUUGGCAUCUACCAUUUUUGAAACGUCGCUUAAAUGUGAUAACGUCCAUUGGGAACUGGAUUUGUCUCCAAAAACACAGCUUCUACUCAACAAGCUACUCCGCCUUGUUUGCGAUAAUACGGUCAGUAUAAUGGAUGUGUUCCCAUUCUUCCAGAAGGUCAAACAACAUAUGAGAUCUCCCUGCAAUGCUGAGGCCCUCGCAGCUCUCUCUGAAAAAAUGGUUGCCGAGGAAUGUGUUGGAGAUUGUAUUGAGCUUCUCAAGCGUGAGCUUCCAAAAAUAAAAACCGAGUCACCCCAGAGACUUUUGGUGACUCCAAGUUGGGCAUAUGCACAUAGAGAGCUUUUUGAAAAGCUAUACGAUUUCACAGUCGGAUUCACAAAUGAGGACACCUUCGAAACAAACUGGGUCCUAUAUGGAGAGCUUCACAAAUAUUUCGCCGUGCCUUUCGAGACCUAUCUUCCCACGAUGAAAUUCUUCUGUGAGAAGGAUAGGUUGCACGCUGCCCUCGUGAUCUUUCAGCGUGUUAAAUCCCUUAACGAGCUUCACGGCUCUCAUCAUCAUCUUCCACCAUCUCGUGAAAUGUACAUGUAUCUUUUCAGAACAUUUGGUGAUCGACUUUAUGAAGAAGGUGUGAUUGAGAUUCAUGAGUACCUAAAGAUGGACAUCAGUCUUCAAGAUAACGAUAUUGACCUCCAAAACUGCCUUCUUGAGGCCUAUUCCAAUUUGCAAAAUAUCGGAAAAGCUCGUGACUUAUUUUUAUCAAUGUCAUCAAAUCCAAAGAUUGAAGGAGGCGUCAAUGAAGAGACGGCUCGAAUCAUGAUCAAGACCUAUACUUACAGCGAUAUGAUCUAUGUCAAGAAGUUUUGGGAUAACCUCUCACAAUUUGGUGUCUACCCAGACUUCGCUGUCUUCAGACAAUAUGUCAUUGCGCAUGUCUAUCAUGGUCACGUAGAUGACGCCAUAAAACUCAUCGACGACAUCGACGAUUACAACCUUGAGUUUUCACCCGAUUUACUUCUUGCUAUGUAUAACUACUGCUUGGACCCCGAAAAGCAGAAACAGGUUGCUCAUUGGGCGCUCGAGAAUCACAAGGAAGAAUGGCAGGAAGUCUCCCAAUCACCCCUUUUGCGAACAGCAUCCAAGUACAUGCCCGAAAGCAAUCUCUUAACCGGUGGUGAGACGAACUAA